CAGAAACAGCUUCAGUUCAGUGACACAGUUCAAGAAAAUUCCACUGCUACCAUACACAGCAAUCACAAGCCAGUCUCCAGUCUCCAGCAAGGCAUCAAGACCAAGAAGAAGGAGAAAGAGAUGGCUGGUCCGGCGAAGGCGUCGUGGAUGGUGGCCAUGAGCGUGGGCGCCGUGGAGGCGCUCAAGGACCAGGCUGGCCUCUGCCGCUGGAACUAUGCCCUCAAGUCCAUCCACCGGGCAGCCAAGGCCAACGUCCGCGCCAGCGUCUCGCAAGGCACGAAGCAGCUUCCGGCCUCCGUGGUGGAGAGGCGGCAAGCGGAGAAGGCCGAAGAGGAGCUGAGGACGGUCAUGUACCUCAGCUGCUGGGGCCCAAAUUAGGAUCACUAGUAGCUUAGGGGUGUUGCGUUCGUUGUAGCUUGUGCUUAUGUGACAAUACCCUUAUGAUCGAUUGUAAAUACAGCUCGAUGAUGAUGAUGAAAAUUUCUGCUAUGAGUUUACACCA